CGUUUUUUCGCUUUUCAAAAUGGCACCGUCUCAAUAAGGAAGUGGAGAAAACAACUAAGAAGAAUAAGUUGGAUAAAAUCCCCAGUUUCCGUUUCUUUGACGCGACUCCUUGUUGAGAACCGGGUCGUGCGGCCGGGGAUUGGAUUUCGAACAAGUUACACACUGAACGGUCAUGGAGAGCGUUUACUCCUGCUAGAAGUACUACCUAGGACAAAGCCAGCACGUGGGUGGUGGUCAGAGGGUGCGUUGCCUAAGUCAGCUGGUGGUCAUGUGUGAAGCUGUGGUCUGAUGCCCACCCUCCCCUCAGCGCUGGCCAUGGACGGGGAGAACUACCUGCAUCCAGAGGGCCCUCAGCUGGACAGCAGCUUGUUCUCUGGUGUCUCCUCUAACAUGGAGAGUUCAAUAUACGCAUCCUCUGGAUCCUGGGGAUCUUUUUCUCAGCAGGCUGGAUACAGCAUACACUGCCCUAUGCAAUCUGGAAACCAGCAAUACCACUUUAACAGCAGCACUACCACCACCACUCCGGAUGUGCACAUGGACGUGUACUCUGGAUUCCCUGAAGUGGACUUUUCCAGCCUCAACGUCCCUCGAAAUGGAGAUUUUCCCCAGGACCUGUCCUGCAUUGAUGACCUCUCCACAAACUCUCUGUUCUCAUCUCCGGCCGACUCGCUGUCGGAGUAUGCCGAUGCCCAGUCCUUCAUCAGCACGGAUAACUUGGAAGCGGUGCCCACCAUCUGGGACGUCAGCACUAGUACCACCACCACACCAGCACAAAGCCAGCUAGAGCAGAAUGGCAGCAGCAGGUUUCAUGGCUUGGCCAGUUUGGAUGAUAUAACUGCUAUUAUCAGCACCCCACCUUUAGGAGGAUUCCAGGCUAAAAGAACUCAGACUCCACCAGAGGAGGAAGAGGAUGCUGAGGAAGAAGAAACAGAGGAACUGGGACAUGUAGACACAUAUGCUGAGUACAGACCCUCGAAAUCCACCAUAGGAAUCUCUCAUCCUGACAUAGUGGUGGAGACCAACACACUAUCCAGUGUCCCUCCUCCUGACAUCACAUACACCCUCUCUAUCCCUGAGUCGACUAUUAACAGUGGCUUGCUGUCCGCUCUGCAGCUAGAGGCCAUCAUCUAUGCCUGCCAGCAACACGAGGUGAUCCUUCAGAACAACCAGAGAGCAGGCUUCUUGAUCGGAGAUGGGGCAGGGGUCGGAAAGGGUCGCACUGUGGCAGGAAUCAUCCUGGAGAAUUACCUUAGGGGAAGAAAGAAAGCACUGUGGUUCAGCAUAUCGAAUGAUCUGAAAUUUGAUGCAGAGAGAGAUCUCAAAGACAUAGAUGCACCGAUUAUUCCUGUGCAUGCCUUAAACAAGAUAAAGUAUGGAGACACAGCUACCUCAGAAGGAGUCCUGUUUGCAACUUACUCUGCGCUGAUAGGAGAAAGCCAAGCUGGAGGGCAGCGGCGAACGAGAAUUAAACAGAUCCUGGACUGGUGCAAGCCAGACUUUGAUGGAGUUAUUAUUUUUGAUGAAUGCCACAAAGCCAAGAAUGCCACAUCCACAAAGAUGGGCAAGGCAGUGCUUGACCUGCAAAACAAGCUGCCACGGGCCAGAGUGGUGUAUGCCAGUGCCACAGGUGCCUCUGAGCCAAAGAACAUGAUCUAUAUGAGCCGCCUGGGAAUCUGGGGUGAGGGCACGCCCUUCAGAGCAUUCGAUGACUUCCUGCACACCAUCGAGAAGAGAGGUGUCGGGGCCAUGGAGAUUGUUGCCAUGGACAUGAAAGUGAGCGGUAUGUACAUUGCCAGGCAGCUGAGCUUCUCAGGGGUAUCUUUCCGCGUUGAAGAGAUCAGACUGGACAGUGACUUCAAACUGGUCUAUAACAAAGCUGCCAAACUGUGGGCGGAGGCAUUGCAAGUUUUCUUGCGUGCAGCGGAUGAGCUGGGCCUGGUUAGCAGGAAGUCUCUGUGGGGGCAGUUCUGGUCGUCUCACCAACGCUUCUUCAAAUACCUCUGCAUCGCUGCCAAGGUCCGCUGCCUGGUGGAGCUGGCCCAAAAGGAGCUGCAGGCCGGAAAGUGCAUCGUUGUUGGCCUUCAGUCGACCGGAGAGUCUCGUACCAGAGAAGUCCUGGAUGAGAAUGAUGGACAUCUGGACAGAUUUGUCUCUGCAGCAGAGGGAGUAUUCCAGUCUCUGGUAUCGAAGCAUUUCCCUUCAGAGAAACAGAGGAGAGAGAAGGCACCAGGCAAUAAGAGAAAACGGAAGCCUAGAGGGCGCCACCACAAGGUACCCAAGCACACGGUGGACAGCGGCGGUGUGAUCAACAUCACUGAUGACAGCAGUAGUGACUCCGACGGCAUGGACACAGACUCCAACUCCUCACCCGACUCCCUGCUGGACAACGAUGAUGUCAUCUUUGUGAACCACACUAGCUGCCAGACAGCGAGGAUAGAGGAGAUGAAGCAGGGCCUCCUCAACAAAAUAUCCCAGCUGGGAAAAGAACUACCUCUCAACACCUUGGAUGAGCUCAUUGAUAAGUUUGGCGGACCAGAUAAAGUCUCAGAGAUGACCGGUCGUAAGGGUCGUGUGGUUCGGCGUCCUGAUGGCAGCGUCCGUUAUGAGUCACGGGCUGAGCAGGGUCUCACCAUCGACCACAUCAACUUAAAGGAAAAAGACCGCUUCAUGGGUGGAGAGAAGUGUGUGGCUAUCAUCUCAGAGGCAGCCAGCUCUGGGAUUUCCCUGCAGGCGGACAAACGAGUGAAAAACCAGAGGCGCAGAGUCCACAUGACCCUGGAGCUACCUUGGAGUGCAGACAGAGCUAUUCAGCAGUUUGGUCGAACCCAUCGGUCUAAUCAGGUGACGGCCCCAGAGUACAUCUUCCUCAUCUCAGAGUUGGCAGGGGAGAGACGUUUUGCCUCCAUUGUGGCAAAGAGACUAGAGAGCCUGGGGGCUUUAACACACGGAGACAGAAGAGCCACUGAAUCCAGAGACCUGAGCAAGUACAAUUUUGAAAACAAGUACGGUACCAAGGCUUUGGAUAAGAUCACCAAAGCAAUCCUUGGCCACAUAGAGAACAAAGUGCCCCCUCCCAAAGGUUACCCAGGAGGUGAUGCCAUCUUUUUCAGAGAAAUGAAACUUGGAAUGAUGGAUGUAGGGAUCUUUUGUAAGGAGCCGCGCUUUGGGAUCAGUACAGAGAAAGACUGCAGCAUCACCAAGUUCCUAAAUCGUAUCCUGGGCCUGGAGGUCCACAAGCAGAACUAUCUCUUCCAGUACUUCACUGAUAACUUUGAUUAUCUAAUCGAGAAGGACAAGAAGGAGGGCAAAUACGACAUGGGAAUCUUAGACCUGGCCCCAGGUAAUGAUGAGAUCUAUGAGGAGAAGCAGGAAUCUUUCCUGACAGUUGGAAACCCUCAGGAUGGACAGGUUGUUCUCUAUAAGAUCAGUGUCGACAGAGGUAUGCCCUGGGAUGAGGCCUACAACAGGUCAUUGAAGCUCAGCGGCCCUGAUGAGGGAUUCUACCUGUCCCAGAAGCUGCGAGGAAACCACCCAUGUGUGCUGCUGGCUGAGCAAGGACGAGGCAAGAACUUCAUCGUCUUCAAGCCCAAUAUCGGCAAGCAAAGCCACCCAGAGAGCCUGGAAAACCUACACCAACGUUACCGGAAGGUGACUCCAGAAGAAGCCAGAGACAGUUGGGAGAACCAGUUCACCUUCUCCUUCAAGAAGUGCAGCCAUGCCAACUGGAAUGGGAAGUGUAAGAAAAUUGAGGAAGGCCAGGAGUGUCUGCAGGGCAUGCGGCUGCGUCAGUACCACAUGUUGUGUGGUGCUCUACUGCGUGUGUGGAAGCGAGUGUCCGACGUGGUGUCUGACAUCACCAGCUCCAGCAUCUUGCAGAUUGUCCGUCUUAGAACAAAGCAGCACAACAAGCAAGUCGGUAUCAAGAUCCCAGAGAACUGCGUGGCCCGUGUGCGGGAGGAGCUGUUGCUAAUGGACGAGGAGGUGAAGAGGAGGCGAAAGGAGAAGGAGCAGCAGGCCGUGGAGCAGCGGCUGGCCGAGGAGCGCAUGCGUAAAAUGGAGCAAGAUAACAAGCACCUCCUGGCGAAUCUGUUCAACCAGAAGCCCAUGCUUAACCAGUCCCUCGCUCAGUCUCUCACCCAAAGCCAGAUCCUCAAACUGAAACUGAACCAAAACCCUCUGUUGAGGACACAGACUGGGAGCUUCUCUCAGUUGCAGAGAAUGCCAGGCCAGAGCCAGUCCGCCUUACAGCCACCCUCCCAGAGCUUACCCCUGUUGUCCUUACAGAGAAAUCCCAGCCAAACGCAGCAGCAACAACGGACCCAUAACAGCUGGCCCAACAAUCCCACCACCAACAACAGCAACAACAGCAACAACCAGGGAUCUCUGCCCAAUGCCGUUAGCCUCAGCUCCAAUUUCUCUCAGUUUUACCCCCAGUCUUUCCUUUCCUCUUUUCCACAGCUGAAGAACCCGUCUCUUCCACUCAAUCAGGCCACACUGUCUCAAAGCUUGUCUUCCAAGAAUCCCCUGAAUGAGAUCUUGGACCUGACUGUCAGCUCCUCAUCGCCCUCCCCAGACAGCACGGAGGGCGGGCUGCCUCUUGAUACUCUGGCCGGACACGCAUCAUUCGACUUUAACCUGGAGUCUCUGAUUUCCCAGAGUGCAUUGAAUGCCCAGCACGCUGCACAAAUACAGCAGCCUCUUUUGCUACAACAGCAGCACCAGCAGCAGCAACAUCUGCAGGUGACACAACAGCAGCAGCAGCAACAGCAGCAACAACAGCAGCAGCAGCAACAACAACAACAACAUCUGCAAGCGACGCAGCAGCAGAAUCACAACCUGCUCACCAAUAACCACCAUCAGAACCUGUUAGAUUUAUUUGACGUGCCCCUUUCUCCCCAGAUGCCCACACAGAAAGUCAGCCCUUCAUCCUCCGCUUCCUCCUGCUCUUCCUCCACGUCCUGCGCCUCGUCUGUGUCAAACAACCUGGUCUCUCACGUGCCCGGUGGUCUCCCACCUGCAUCCACCCUCAUCCCAACAUCAUCCCCCUCUUCUCUCUUCUCCAACCCGUCCUCCUCUUCUUCUCUGUUUCCCAGCCCUUCCCCUUGCUUCUCUCCCUCCUUUCUACUCCCACAGUCCGACUCUCUGUCCUUACCCAACGGCCACUGCAGUUCUGCCACUCUCGACGUCCGCGAGGCGCUGAACAGCAUGCUUCAGGCCGGUCCAGAUCGCAAGUCUGUCAUCCAGUACCUGCCACAAGACUGAGAGCUUAGUUAUGUCAACAGCUCGGACUGUAUUUUUCUUAAAGUAUUUUUUUGUUUGAAAGCAGAUUGCGUCUUGUUUGCUGCUGUCUACGAUCGCACCCUCGGACCUAUUCCCUCUCCCCUCAGGGCCUAUAGUCACGUCACUGCCUGUCCUGCGCUCUGCUCACCCCCUCUCUCUACCCACCUGUAGCAUUCACCUGCUUGAGGCUGUCGAGGUGAUGGUGGGCUCGAUCAACACCAGAUUUCUUCACCAAAGUGUGUCCUCCACAGUGAAAGGCAGCUGUUAAAAGAAAAGUGAAAUAAAAAAAUCACGUGAUAACUGUAUUUUAUUGAACAUGCGAGCUGUCCAAACAAAAGCUCAUUCAUCGAGGUGUGGAAAUCUUAAAAAUAAAACCUCCCGCUGCUGAUUUUUUUGUACGAGGAAUGAUCAGCGAAGUUGCUGGAAGCUCGAAAUGCCUUUCCCCAGUUAACACCACAUCUUUUUCGACUUUGCUUUACUGUUACUUCGCUUCUCGGCCAUUUGUCUUGGCUAAAUCAAGGCUGUAUGCAAGGCUUGGUUUAAGUGAAAACAAAAGAUGGUGUUGAACUGGAAGACAAGGAGACAAAAAACAGAAAAACAUCAAAUCUGUUAGCUGAUUAGCCAUGAAAUGCCUCAGUUUUCAUUCUUUCCUCUACGAGCUCCCUCUUGUUUCUCUCCCUGCCUGUAUGAACACUAGAGUGAGGAAAAAGGGAGAGGAAGAGCAGUCUGCUGUUGCGAACAGUGCCUUUGGAGAAAUCUAUAAAUGCAGUCUAAAAAUCCAUGUAGCCUAAUGUAUAGAUUUGUAUUUUUGAGCAUUGGUUUUGAUUUUUAUUUAAUAUGUUGUAUUUCUAUUUAACUAUUAGCCCCCCUUUAGUCAGUCGUUCAUCGUUUGUGUUACACUAUGCUGGUGGCGGCUUUCAGGAAGAAGCCUCCAUCAAGCCUGUAUGUGCUUGUUUGAUGGUCUGUGGAGCCGUGACAUGUGCUGGGAGCUCAGUAUGGCACAAACAAGUCGAGCAGCAUUGAUAAAGAAAAUCUUUUCUUUUUCUUUCCUUUUUUUUUUUUAAAGCUGACAGUAACAUUGAGCGACAUGACUCCUGAUUUGAUUUGGCUUUGAAUUUCUCAGGAAAGUCUCAAGUGUUUUUGUGGGGUUGUUUCAUGUGUCAUUUUUCAUCAAUGAUGGGAAAUUUACAUAGUUUCAGUCUUGAAUUACAGAUGAUGACAAAGAAUUAAAUUCUCUCAAGGUUUAAGAAGAAAA